UGCCCCGGUCGGGCGGGACUUCCUGUGUCGUAUUUCCAAGGACUCCAAAGCGAGGCCGGGGACAGAAGGUGUGGGUGUCGAGCCCUCUGGCAGAGGGUUAGCCUGGGUCAAAUGCACGGAUUCUCACCUCGUACAGUUACGCUCUCCCGCGGCACGUCCGCGAGGACUUGAAGUCCUGAGCGCUCAAGUUUGUCCGUAGGUCGAGAGAAGGCCAUGGAGGUGCCGCCACCGGCACCGCGGAGCUUUCUCUGUAGAGCAUUGUGUCUAUUUCCCCGAGUCUUUGCUGCCGAAGCUGUGACUGCCGAUUCGGAAGUCCUUGAGGAGCGUCAGAAGCGGCUUCCCUACGUCCCAGAGCCCUAUUACCCGGAAUCUGGAUGGGACCGCCUCCGGGAGCUGUUUGGCAAAGAUGAACAGCAGAGAAUUUCAAAGGACCUUGCUGAUAUCUGUAAGACUGCAGCUACAGCAGGCAUCAUUGGCUGGGUGUAUGGGGGAAUACCAGCUUUUAUUCAUGCUAAACAACAAUACAUUGAGCAGAGCCAGGCAGAAAUUUAUCAUAACCGGUUUGAUGCUGUGCAAUCUGCACAUCGUGCUGCCACACGAGGCUUCAUUCGUUAUGGCUGGCGCUGGGGUUGGAGAACUGCAGUGUUUGUGACUAUAUUCAACACAGUGAACACUAGUCUGAAUGUAUACCGAAAUAAAGAUGCCUUAAGCCAUUUUGUAAUUGCAGGAGCUGUCACGGGAAGUCUUUUUAGGAUAAACAUAGGCCUGCGUGGCCUGGUGGCUGGUGGUAUAAUUGGAGCCUUGCUGGGCACUCCUGUAGGAGGCCUGCUGAUGGCAUUUCAGAAGUACUCUGGUGAGACUGUUCAGGAAAGAAAACAGAAGGAUCGAAAGGCACUCCAUGAGCUAAAACUGGAAGAGUGGAAAGGCAGACUACAAGUUACUGAGCACCUCCCUGAGAAAAUUGAAAGUAGUUUACAGGAAAAUGAACCUGAGAAUGAUGCUAAGAAAAUUGAAGCACUGCUAAACCUUCCUAGAAACCCUUCAGUAAUAGAUAAACAAGACAAGGACUGAAAGUGCUCUGAACUUGAAACUCACUGGAGAGUUGAAGGGAGCUGCCAUGUCCGUUGAAUGCCAACAGACAGGCCACUCUUUGGUCAGCCUGCUGACAAAUUUAAGUGCUGGUACCUGUAGUGGCAGUGGCUUGCUCUUGUCUUUUUCUUUUCUUUUUAACUAAGAAUGGGGCUGUUGUACUCUCACUUUACUUAUCCUUAAAUUUAAAUACAUACUUAUGUUUGUAUUAAUCUAUCAAUCUAUGCAUACAUGAAUAUAUCCACCCACCUAGACUUUAAGCAGUAAAUAAAACAUUUUGCAAAAGAUUAAAGUUGAAUUUUACAGUUCGUAUAUUCAUGUGGUCCUUUGAAAGGGUAUUCUAGAAAUCACUGGAAAGAGGAGAGGAAAGAACCAGGUAGGCAAAUGGUCUGUGAAACCCUUGGGUCCUGGAAGCAGUGUGAGUGUAAAUGUGUAGUGUUUGGUUUCAUCUAAAUAAACAAAGAUGAUUUCUUUGACACUUGAAAUAAAAUACAAAUUCAACAAAAA